UCGAGGAGGCGACUAUUUUGGCCGUUCUGGCUUUGUUCUGGUUCCGCACCGCUGUGUCACAUAUGACAAUGUGGAUCAGUAGAUUUGGGCGCGAGACCAAGAAGGCGCGAGAGGCGGCGCCGUCCGCUUGACUCUGAGGCUCGGCGACGCCGCCCGGGGCCCCGCGCCAGGCCCGGGCCAGGGAGCGCCGCGCCCGGCGCCUCGUCUCCCGCCGCUCCCGGCCCCGCUCCGCCCCCGAGGCCGAUGGCGGCGGCCGCGCGGAGGGAGCCGGCUCAGGACAGUGUCACUUUUGGAGACGUUGCUGUGUACUUCUCCUGGGAGGAGUGGAGGCUCCUUGGUGAAGCUCAGAGGGACUUGUACCACGAUGUGAUGCUGGAGAACUUUGCGCUCAUAUCCUCACUGGAUUGCUGGAGUGCAACAGAGGAUGCGAAGGCUCCCUUUGAACACAGCAUUUCUGUAGGUGUGUCACAGGCCACGACUCCCAAGACAGGUCUGAUUUCACAGAAUACCCACACCUGUGAGUCAUGUAGUCUGGUCUUCAGAGAUAUUUUUCAAUUGGCUGACCACCAGGGAACACAACACAGUCAGAAUACGUUUGGGUGUGAGGUGUGUACAAAACUAUUUUAUUUCAGUGCAAACCUCCAAAAAUACCAGAAGCAGCACAUCAGAGAGAAGCCCUUCAGAAGCAGUAUGGACAUGGCCUUGCUUGUGAAGAGCUGCAGAUUCCAUUUGUCAGAGAAUCCCUUUACCCACGAGGAAGUUGAGAAGGACUUCGUGGCCACCUCUGGAUAUCUCCACCAAUAUGCCACUCACAACACUGAGAAGCCAACCAAAAUCACCCAGUGUAGGGCCACUUUACAAAGCAGAAAAGGUCAUUUCACCUGGGGAGAGUGCAAGAAAUCUUUUGGUCCCAAACACACACUUGUUCAGGUCCAGGGUGUCCGCAGUGGAAGACAGUGUUUUGUGUGCCGUGAAUGUGGGAAAGCAUUCAGGUACAAAUCCUCAUUUGUUGUUCACCAGAGAGUCCACACUGGAAGAAGGCUUUAUGUGUGUGGAGAAUGUGGCAAAUCUUUUAGGCGAACCUCAACCCUCAGUCAGCAUAAAAAAAUUCAUUCUGGAGCGAGGCAGUGCAAGUGCAGCAAAUGUGGACAAUCCUUUAACCGAAAAUCUGUCCUCGUUUAUCCCUGGAGAAGCUACUCUGGAGAAAAUUGUUACUUGUGCAGUGAAUGUGCACAGUCUUUUUGCCAUAGAUCUAUCCUUAUUCGACAACGAACAGUUCACACAGGAAAAAGGCAUUAUGAGUGCACUCAGUGUGGGAAAUCUUUUCAACGGAAAUUUUAUCUCAUUGUACACUGGAGAGUUCACACUGGAAAAAACGCUUAUGAAUGCAGCGAUUGUGGGAAAUCUUUUACCAACAGCUCGAUACUCAUUCUCCACCAGAGAGUACACAUGGGGGAAAGGCCUUUUCAGUGCGGUAAAUGUGGGAAAUCUUUUAACAACAGCUCGAUACUGAUUCUACACCAGAGAGUACACACAGGGAAAAGGCCUUAUGAGUGCAGUGAAUGUUGGAAAUCUUUUAGCCAUCCAUCUUACCUCACUCAACACCAGAGAGUACAUAGUGAACAAAGGUCUUAUGAAUGUAGUCAGUGUGGGAAGUCUUUUCUCUCUCCUCCUGGCCUCCGUUGUCAUCAGAGAAUUCACACUAAACAAAGGCCUUAUGAGUGCAAUGAAUGUGGGAAGUGCUUUAUCUCUGUCUCCCAACUCCAUUCUCAUCAGAGAGUUCAUACUGGAGAAAGGCCUCAUCGGUGCAGUGAAUGUGGGAAAUCUUUUUCAUCUGGUUCCAACCUCAGUGAUCAUCAGAGAGUUCACACAGGAGAAAGGCCUUAUGAAUGCAGUGAAUGUGGGAAAUCUUUUAUCCAAAGAUGUCAUCUUGUUAGACACCAGCGAGUUCACACAAGAGAGAGGCCUUAUGAGUGCAGUGAAUGUGGGAAAUCUUUCACCACCAUGAGGACCCUCAGUUAUCAUCAUAAGAAAGUUCACACAGGAGAAAGGCCUUAUGAGUGCAGUGAAUUUAGGAAAUCUUUUCCAUCUCAUACCAACCUCAGUAAUCAUCAGAGAGUUCACAAAGGAGAAAGGCCUUAUGAGUGCAGUGACUGUGGAAAAUCUUUUAUCCAAAAAUCCAGUCUUGUUGUACACCAGCGAGUUCACACAGGAGAGAGGCCAUAUGAGUGCAGUGAAUGUGGGAAAUCUUUUAGCAUUAGGAGCACACUUCGUGAUCAUCAGAGAGUUCACACUGGAGAAAGGCCUUAUGAGUGCAGUGAAUGUGGAAAAUCCUUUAGAGGAUAUUCUCAUCUUAUUCAACACUGGAGAGUUCAUACUGGAGAAAAGCCUUAUAGAUGUAGUGAAUGUGGCAAAUCUUAUACUAAUAGCUCAACACUUAUUCGACACUGGAGAAUUCACACAGGAGAAAGGCCUUAUAAGUGCAGUGACUGUGGGAAAUCCUUCAGGAAUAGUUCACAUUUCAAUGACCACCUGAGAGUUCACUCUGGAGAAAGGGAUUACGAGUGCAGUGAAUGUGGGAAAUUGUUUAGGGAUCCUUCCCAACUCAAAAAGCAUUGGAGAGUUCACACUGGAGAAAGACCUUUUGAGUGUAGUGAAUGUGGGAAAUCAUAUACCAAUAGCUCAACACUUACUCAACACCGGAGAAUUCACACUGGAGAAAGGCCUUAUAAGUGCAGUGAAUGUGGGAAAUCUUUCAUGAGUAGUUCACAUUGCAAUAAACACCAGAGAGUUCACACUGGAGAAAGGCCUUAUGAGUGCACUGAAUGUGGGAAGUCAUUUAGGGAUAGUUCCCAAUUUAGUAAACACCAGAGAGUCCACACUGGGUAAAGGCCUUAUGAGUAUAGUGAAUGUGGAAAAUGUUUUGCCUUUAGCUUGAGACUCAACACCAGAGAGUUCAUACUAGAGUAAGGGUUUGUGAGCGCACCCAAUGUGGGAAAUCUUUAACCCAAAGCUCCGCACUCUGUCAACAUGAGAGACUUGACACUGGAUCAAGUUCUUAUGAGCCAAGCAAAUGUGGAAAAUUCUUUAGCUGUGUUUACUCCACAUUGAUUGUUGAUGCUGCAUCAAGCCUAAUGAGUGCAGGGAAUGUCAAAAAUGAUUUCCUAAAACUCUGCUCUCAUUUACCACUGGAGAAUUCACAAUGUAGAAAGUCCUUAUGCUGUACCAAAUGUGGUGAAUCAUUUUUAUUUUUUUUCCUUUUUUCUCCCAAAACUCCCCGUUACAUAGUUGUGUAUUUUUAGUUGUGGGUCCUUCUAGUUGUGGCAUGCGGGACGCCACCUCAGCAUGACUUGAUGAGCGGUGCCCUGUCUGCACCCAGGAUCCAAACUGGCAAAACCCUGGGCUGCUGAAGCAGAGCAUGUGAACUUAACCACUGGGCCACGGAGCCAGCCCCGGUGAAUCAUUUCUAAUUUGGCCUUUUUACCACCUUUUUGUGCUAUUUCACUGUUGUUUUAAUUGCAUUUCCCUAAGGAUUCCUGAUGAGCAGUUUUUCAGAUGUUCGUUUGCUGCCUAUAUGUUUGUGAUAAAAUGUCUGCUGAUAUCUUUUUCUUAUUUCUCUAUGAACUUUGGCUGUUUCCCUUUUCUUUGACAAAUAGGACUGUGAAGCAACAAAGAUGUGUGUUGGAAUUUUACUCAUUCUCAAAUACACAAGUGACUUCCUUUUAUAAUGGAAUAAUUUUCAGUACUGGAAGAAUAUAUCCUAAUUUUCUUCAAAAUUUUUUAUGCUUUGCACAAUGUAAUGGACACAUAUAUCAUACUUUUUAAAUACUAAUUUGUGUUAAUACAUUCCUCAUCUGUUUCUUAAGUCCAGACAUUCAGUAAUACAAUAAAGUCUUGCCUUGUGGUGUUUGCCCAUUUUCCUCAUCUGUCAUUGGUAGGUUGGAGCAGAUGGGGAACUAGGUGGCAUCAGGAUGGAUUGGAUGCUCAAAGCCCCAUGGGGAGGGGAAGAGGAGGGCAGUGAUCAAACACCCCAGGGUGCCAGAGUUUCAAUCUCAGAUCCCCAUCCAUUGCUGGAACUUACAGAAAAUGACCGUUUCCUCCUGUAUAAAAUGGGAACUAGAGGUGACCUUUUGCCUGGGCCAUUGGAAGAGGUGCAGAGCCGAGGUGCCCAUUCACUCUGCAGCAGCUGCACCUGUCUUCACCUGUGUGCAGUGACAGGGGCAAGGCACCUCUUUGUCCCUGUAGGCAGGAGUGGCUGUAGCGUACUGAGGUCUCACUGGGUUCCCCACUAGGGAAUGUCUCGGUGGCAUGCUGGAGCUACUGGAGGCUCAGUUCACCGACUGUGAUGUGCAGGUCAUGAUGGCAUUUCCCUUGGCCUCUGAGGAUCAAAAAAGUAACAAAACACACUGAGUUCUUACUUUUUGAGUAUUUUCUUUUUAAUUCUCACAAUAACUUGGAGAAGUGGGAAUCAUUAUGGUAUUGAAUAAAUUUAGCUUUAAGAAAACUGUACAGUGAUUUCAAAUCUCCUGGGCUUUCAAGCAAAGUGGGAAAUGCAGAAUUUUAUGUAGAAACAAUUCUCCAACACCUUAAUGAGGUAUAAUUUACACAUUAAAUAGCACAUAUUUAAUCCAUAAACUUUGAAAUAUAUUUGUAAAAAACUAUGUAUGUGUAUGUGGAUAGGACAUUCUCAUCCCACCCAGCCCACAAAAACAGAUCCAAGUGCACAUGCAAACACACACUGGUAAACCCAGCAUCGUGAAUAAAAUAAUGAACAUAACAGUCUUUCCACACAUUACAUCCUGCCCCCAGCGAAUCUCCUCCUCCCUGCCUUCCGUGGUCUUUGUUCCCUAGACAACCAUUUGUUUGACUUUAUUUCUGUAUAGAUUCUUUCCUUUUCUAGAAUUUUAAAUAAAGCAAAUCUUUUUUUGUGUGAUUUUUUUAAAAAUGAUUUUAUUUUUCAUUUUUCUUCCAAAGACCCAUGGUACAUAGUUG